UCAAAUGUCAAACGUAAAUAUACAAAACACUUCAAAAUAGGAAUUUAAUUCACAAAGUAAAUUUGAAAAUGGAUUCCCGUUUAUAUGAAACUAAAUUGGCAAACCAUGCAAUAUUUCGUGACAUAAAAGACAGUCUCAAAGAAAUUCCUAGUGGAAAACUGUGCAAUUUGUUGCUAUUGAGGGACGAUGUGUUAUAUGUUUGGAGUGCUACUGAAAACUGUAUAUUGUGUUUGAAUUUGAAACAACUGGAGGAACGUGGCGACGAAACACAGUAUCAGAAACUCCACUUACUGUCACCACCAGCAUUCUCCGUGGAGCGCAUCAUCAGCAGCGACUGUGGUAGCAGGCUGUGCGUAUGGGGGUCACGUGGAGUCACCGUCCUUGAGCUACCAUCGCGGUGGGGCCGCGCUGGACUCUUCGAAUCAGGGAGCCAGACCGUGCUGUGCAAAAGUCACACCCUGGACGAGAGGUUCCUGUACUCUCAGAGUGAGGUACGCCGGGUUCACUGGCACCCGAGCUCGCUGUCACAUCUCCUGGUGCUGGUCUCCGAUAAUACCAUCAGACUAUACAACAUUGCUCUGAAAAAUGGUCCGAAACUGGUGAAAAUCUUCACAAUAGGAGCCAAACCGUCAAGUCUACUGGCCGGGAAGACGAUCCUCGACAGUUUAGGAGAUACCGCAGUGGACUUUACACCGACACCUGACACGGACGCUCUGCUCAUCCUGAGGGGUAAUGGCGACGUGUAUAUGAUGGAAUUUGAUUUGGACAGCAAAAGCCUGCAGACGAAGCUAUCGGGUCCUUUAGCAAUGUACCCACCAGCUGAUGACAACUACGGCUCAGAGUCCUGCUCUAUAACGGCUUUAGGAGGCGGCGAUUCUCCACCACUCGUCGUAGUAGCCACAUGCUCAGCAGCGUUGUACCAUUGCCUGCUCCUACCCAAUCCCUCAGAUAAAGAAGACGGCGAUAGUCACGCCCUCUACGUAGUGGAAGCUGUAGAACUGAACAUCUUGCUGAACCCGGAUGAUGUCAACAUGCAGUACUCCUAUCCUGUACAUUUGUAUCCGUGUACAAACAAUACAUACGCGUGUAUGCACGCCGGUGGAGUCCACACAGUCACGCUGCCACUACUAGCUCAUCUCAGGGAUUACGCUUUAGCCACAGAAGAUGAUUCAGAAACAGUGCUAUCAGCAAUAUGUUCGAAAUCAAGUACCGCUCGCCACCUGGUGUGUACAAGCGCAGUGAGCGGUGCGGGCGAUGCGAGCGGUACGAGCGGAGUGAGCGGUACGAGCGGAGCGAGCGGUUUGAGCGGUUCGAGCGAUAUAAGCGAAGCGAACGCUCGCUUCCGUCCGCCCGUAGCGCUCGCUCUGACUCCUCCCCCACUGCCAGCGUUACUCAUACUCUGCGAUGAUGCAGUUUUGCUCACUAGAACUUUAGAACCGUACGAUUUAGAAGAGCAGCUGUACAAAGAAAUGCAGUUGAAAAAUCCAGCGCUGGAUCAAGACGACAUCAGCACUAUAUUGAAAGAGCGCCAGAAGGUGUCGUUCACGGCGAUCAUGCAGGAGAUCCUCGCGAGACAAGUGUCGCAGCCGCUGCUGCAUGCCGCAGCAGGUCAGGAACCAUCACCGCAGGAGACUCUACAGCUGCUGAGUCAAGCGCUAGUGCGGCUGCGAGGUGAAUACAUGUGCCGACAACAGCGGGCCGCCGCCGCUGCAGGCAGGAAACUUGCAGCGCUUACAGCGCUUGCUGAACAACAUACCACGUGGCUUGCAGAUUUACAGGCAGAAGUGAAUGAUACACAACUAGACUCAACUGUGUUGAAAGAAAAGUGUGCUCUAGCUGAGAAACACCAGGAGGACAUAAAGUACAGGUGUUCAGCGGUGAUCCGUCGCCUUCGAGCGGGGUGCGGUCCAUCAUCAACGGAGCGAACGCUCAUACGUGAACUGCAGAUGCACCGCGCCCGCGGGGACCAGCUCGGGGAACAACUUCGGCUGCUGCAACAUCACGCGCAGCAUAAAAGCGUUGAGUUAAAGAAAUGGCAGGAGGAGUACAAGAAGAAGGAUAUAGCACUCGGGAAGUCUCACAGCGAUACCAUAUCAUCAAUACUCCAGCAACAGACCAGCCAAAUUUCCACACUCAUCGAGGAGACGAAGCUACUCAAAGAUCAACUCAGCAUCAUAUAAUCUUUCUGUUUUACAUUAAUUUAAUUUGUUAUUA